GACUGAGUACGAGGCGGACGGCCACACCCUCGACGAGCAAAUCAACCAGAUCCUAGCGCAGAAGACUCGUCUUCGGAAAAAGUACUCUCGACCGCCUCCGGAUGGCGAUAAGCUGUUUCGCUCCGACGUUGUGCAUAAAGAUGUAUGUGGCGAUGAUUGUGGAAGCAGCCCUGAGCACCUAGCGUGCCGAACGGAACGGGCCGAAGAGGAUGACAACCCCGCCAUCCACCACGGACUUAUCGCUAGCGCGAACCAGUUGAUGAAGGAUGCGCAGGUUCGCGACACGCUAGCGGCUGAAAAAGGCGUCCUCUGUUUCGAGAUGGAGGCGGCUGGUCUGAUGAACCACUUUCCUUGUCUCGUGAUCCGUGGGAUCUGCGAUUACGCCGACUCCCACAAGAACAAGGAAUGGCAAGGGUAUGCGGCGAUGGUGGCGGCAGCGUAUGCGAAGGACCUGCUGCGGAAGAUCUCGCCUACUAGGGUGGAAGUGGAGCGACGAAUCGCAGAUAUCCUUACGUCUGUGGAAGCUGGUUUGGACCAGCUUCGCCUCAAGGCGAAUGAAACGCAAUAUGAAGUUAAGACUCACACCGAGCUCCUAGUUAGCAUCCAUCAAGGUGUCCAGGGUCAGAAGCCGAAGAUCACCGAGGACGCAUCUGCCUAUCGUGGAUCUCACUACUUGCUACCUUUUGCGAGCGACCCGGAGUUUGUGGAGCGGCCUGAGAUCUGGGCAUGGAUAAAAGAAGGUUUUACCGGCCUCGCUAGACGCAUGGCACUUUUUGGGAUGGGCGGUUUCGGCAAAUCCCAGCUUGCGAUCCGAUUUGCGUGCUAUGUCCGGGACGAGUUCCCCACGACUAGCAUUUUUUGGGUGCAUGGGGCUACCCGGGACACGUUUGAAGCAUCCUACCGUACGAUCGCUGAGACGCUUCUACUGCCGCGGCGGACGGAUGCAGACGUGAACGUCCUUGCGUUGGUGCGCGACUGGUUACAAAAGGUCGACGGCAACCCUUUCCUAAUGGUCAUCGAUAACGCCGACAUCGUUGACAUUUACUCCGACAAAGCGCUACACGACGACGGGCUAGCAUUAUACCUGCCAAAGUGCGAUCACGGCAAGGUGCUGGUUACGACACGAAGUAGAAAUGUAGCCGAGAAGCUCGUUGGAAAUGGCAAGUGGAUUCAGCAGGUACCAGUCAUGAAAAAGGACCAGGCGCUCCAGCUCUUGUACAGAAGACUGGGGAGCGAAGAGGAGAGCGAUGGAGGAGACCUGAUCCGGGCACUGGAUCACGUACCGUUAGCUAUCAGCCAGGCUGCGGCAUAUAUCCACUGCCGGAGGCCCCGAGUAACACUCCGGUCGUACCUGGAAGAGUUCAACGGGGGCCAGAAGCGGAAGAUAGGGUUGCUGCGCAGCGACAAAGGCGAUCUGGGCCGAUAUGAAGGCGUGUCUAACUCCGUACUGGUCACGUGGCAGUUGACAUUUGACAGGAUCCGGGAGGAUCACCCGCGGGCUGCUGAUCUCCUCGCCCUGAUGAGCCAGUUUCAAUCACAAAACAUACCCGAGAGCAUGUUGCACGGGUACGACGACACAGCCGCUGAUGCCCACAGCGAUCAAGGUGAUGCGGGCGUCAGCGUCAGUGACGAUGGCAGUCGGGGAUUGGAAUUUGAGAACGACCUCGACGUUCUCCGGAGCUACUCCCUUGUUAUGGUCAAAACUGCGGGGUUAUGCGAUAUGCACUCACUGGUUCAGUUCUG